AAAAAAAAAAAAAAACAAUCGAAGUGGUUUCUUACCAAAAAGAAAUCGACCAAUCUCCGAAGAAGAAUACCUAAUUUGAAUCGGUGGAGAUGGAACCGCCGGAGAAUAGUAUAGAUUCCGAUGGUUCGAAGUUAGAGAGUGCGCAGAGGAUUAUACUCCGGUGGGACUCAGCGGCGUCUGAGGAAGCAAGAGGGAAGAUGAUUUUCCAAAGCGAUCGUGAUGAAGUCGAUCGGUUCCUACGAGCCGUUGAUGAAAUCCAGCGCACCUUAUCUUCUAUCUCCUUCUCUUCUUCUUCCUCCUCCUCCGCCGCCGCCGCCGUCGAUGACCACGAGGUCAAAGCUAACUCAGCUAUCCAAAUCGCCAUGGCUAGACUCGAAGACGAGUUCCGUAACAUUCUUCUCUCCCACACAACUGUUUUCGAGCCUGAUUCACUUUUUCUCGAGGAAUCAUCAGUCUCUCCGUCUUUAUGCGUCGAGGCUGGAGAUGAUGAUAGCUCCGCAACUCCCGAAGAAGAGGAGUUGAACUCCCCUGGUGGUUCCGGUUCUGGCCGCUUAACUCGUAGAAGAAGCAGUUACAGAUCCACGAGCAGCAUACGAGAAAUGGAUCUUAUCACUCCGGAGGCUAUCUCUGAUCUUAGAUCGAUUGUUCAGCGAAUGGUCGCCGCCGGUUACUCUCGUGAGUGUAUCCAAGUCUACGGAACUGUUCGGAAGUCAGCCAUGGAAACCAUAUUUAAGCAGCUUGGGAUUGUGAAGAUAAGCAUCGGAGAUGUGCAGAGGCUUGACUGGGAAGCUGUUGUAGGCAAGAUCAGACACUGGAUCCGUGCUGCUAAGGUCUGUAUUAGGAUUGUAUUCUCCAGUGAGAAGAGGCUAUGUGAGCAGCUGUUUGAUGGUAUAUGCACUGCCAUGGAUGAGACUUGCUUCAUGGAGACAGUGAAGGCUUCUGCUCUGAGACUUUUCACUUUCCCUGAAGCUAUUAGCAUUAGUAGAAGAUCACCUGACAAGCUUUUCAAGAUUCUGGAUUUACACGAUGCCUUAACGGAUAUGUUGCCUGAUAUAGAAGCAAUCUUUGACUCAGAUUCAUCAGAUACUAUUAGGGUUCAGGCCGUUGAGAUUCAAGCGAGACUAGCGGAAGCAGCUAGAGGUAUACUUUCCGAGUUUGAGAAUGCUGUUCUUCGUGAGCCUUCCAUAGUUCCUGUCCCUGGAGGAACGAUUCAUCCAUUGACAAGGUAUGUGAUGAACUACAUUGUUAUGAUCUCUGAUUAUAAGCAAACGCUGGAUGAGCUUAUCAUGUCGAAUCCCGCUACUGGCUCUGAUCCAAAUGCACCGGAUAUGGACUUCACAGAGUUAGAGAGUAAAUCUCCAUUGGAUUUGCAUUUGAUUUGGUUGAUCGUGGUCUUGCAUUUCAACUUAGAAGAGAAAUCCAAGCACUAUAGAGACACAUCUCUAGCUCACAUAUUCAUCAUGAACAACAUCCAUUACAUCGUUCAGAAAGUGAAAAGGUCGCCUGAGCUAAGAGAAAUGAUUGGAGACCAUUAUUUAAGGAAACUCACUGGGAUAUUUAGACAUGCUGCUACAAACUACCAGAGAGCUACAUGGGUGAGAGUACUGAAUAGCCUGAGAGAUGAAGGAUUACAUGUGACUGGGAGUUUCUCAUCAGGUGUAUCAAAAAGCGCACUGAGAGAAAGGUUUAAGGCAUUCAAUACAAUGUUCGAAGAGGUUCACAGGACUCAGUCUACAUGGUCGGUUCCAGAUGUACAGCUUAGAGAGGAACUCCGAAUAUCUCUAUCUGAGCAUCUUAUCCCGGCUUACAGAUCGUUUCUUGGAAGGUUCAGGGGUCAUAUAGAGAGUGGAAGACACCCCGAGAACUACUUGAAAUACUCGGUUGAAGAUAUCGAGACAAUCGUUCUAGAUUUCUUCGAAGGAUAUACUACACCACCACACUUGAGGAGGCGAUAAAAGAAGAUAACAAGAAAACGAACAUUCAUCUUCUUUUUUUUUUCUUUUUUUUUUUCAGCCACGUCCCACUUUAGGAUGUCAUAGAAUAGACCU